AAAAAUAUCAAAGAUGUCUGAACCAACCUAGUAGAUUAUUUAAUGAGAAAUUUAGGUGGUAGUUAGUAUAGAAAGUGCUAAUAUUUGGAAUUAUGACGUCGCUCAUCAGUUCAUUUGGAAGAGCUGAUUACAAUCUGCCUCUCUUUAUAUUUGCUGCAUUUUUGUGGGAAUUCUAGAAAGUGCAAAUUCCAUUCUAACAUAGUUUCAUACUAGGAUAAUCUAUCUAUUGUUGUUUUCUUUCAUUAUUGAUUUUGUCUAUGCUUUGUACUGGCAUAUGUCAUGGAGCCGAUUCAAAAUUUUAGAUACUAAAAUAGAUUCUAUUUUGCAUUCCACAGUCAUAAUAACUGCUAUGAUAAAUAUGAUAGUAAAGGUAUAUUAAUAUUUAAUAAUCAAAAUUAAAAGAUUGCAGUAAUUGUUCUUUCAGCAGUGAAUAAUAAUGAAGUCAAGCAUAAUUUAUUUCCAGGUGCUAUUAAAGACAAUUUAAUAAAUUUUAUCACAUUUCAAAACACAGGCGAUGAUUGA